AUGGCAACAGAAAAAAUUGACGAUCUUAAAGUGAAAAUCGAAAAGCUUAAGGAAGCAGAGCUUAAACUAAGAUCCGAAAUCGAUGAUGGAAAGGCUGAACUCGAACAGCUGAAUACAUCAAUUCAAAGAGGUGAAAUUGAACUAGAAUUGAUAAAUGACGCGUUUAAUUUGAAAUUUGGCGAUGUUAGUGCUAAUGAAAAGAAUGCAAUGCUACGAGCAAUGGAGCAAUUAAAUCAAAUCGAUAUUUUAGAAGCUGAAUUGGUAUUAGAAUCAGAAAAAGCACGGCAAGCGCAGAUAGAAAUAGAAAGGUUAAGUGGGAUUGCACCAAAAGCUCCAGUUCAAGAAAUUGACAUUUUUGCUUUUGAAAAUCAAGAAAAAGAACUCGCAGAAUCUCUAAAAUCACAGAAAAUACGAAACGCAAAGCGUGAAAAGAAUAUACGACUUACAGAUUCAAAAAUUGCCUCAAUUUUAGUUGAAUUAGAGGAAAUCGAUAAAAAAGUCGCCAUAAAGCAGCAAAAAUAUCAAGAAAUAGAAGUACAGCUCAAAGAAGCCGAAAAUGUUCGAUCAGAAAUUAAUUCUUGUUCUGAUAAUUAUAAAACUAAUAACCAAGCUGUUCAUGAGAUACAAGAAAAGUUAGAAGAAGCCAAUAAGGAAAUUGAUGAAAUCAAUUCGCUUGUUGAAGAAAACCAAGAUUUCUUUAAAUCAGAGAUUCAAGAAAGCCAACAGCUACAAGACCUUCUCAAAUAUAUUAACGAAUCUAAUAUGCCGUGGGAGCAAAAUAAAAUUGAUCAUGAAGGCUUCGAAAAGAGAUCUACGAAAUUUAGAGCAAAUCUCACGGAUUUACUUCAACAAAUUACAUCGCUUAUUGAUGUUAUCAAAGCGGAAAUGGAAUAA